GAUGACGUCAUCAGGGCGACGUCAGCGCUGUGCAGGAAUGUGCGCAAACUUUGACUUCUUUCUCCUCCUUCUUCGCCGCCCUCGACCUGUUUAAAGUUGGCUCAAUCUCGGCGGCACCUUCGAGAAGGUCGCGGCGGGAGCGUGGCAGGAAGUCAACAUGGCCACAUCCUCCAUGUUCUCCAUGGAGCCUUUUCCUGUUGGUGUUUCCAUGAUGGACACCGAUCAGAACCUCGGUGAGUUGGACAGAAAUUCUGCCGCCCCUCAACUGGUGAUGCUGGCCAACGUGGCGGUGGAGGGUUACGGCGAGGGCAGCGUGGCGGACGAGAAGGAGAUGAUGGAGCUGAUGACGGUGGGCUGCAGCUACUCAGACAGCGAGGAUGAGAACGUCAUCAGGUACACUUACGACAACGGAAACCCCGGUGAGGUCUGCAGUGUGGACUACUCCGAGACUGUGGGCCUUUGUGCUGUUCAAGGACUAAAUGAUGGCCAGGAGGACAAGAACUUGUCCCAAGACUCUGAAGAACCCAAAGCCCAGGCGGACCCAAAGGCCAAAGACGGGCCCCCUGGGCGGGUCCUGUCAGAGGCCGUGAAGAAGAAGAAGCCUCUUCAUUGUAAACCCUGUCAGUUCCAAGCUGAGAACGAGGAGGAGUUUGUGGAACACCUGAGGACACACGCCAGCAAGAAGAUGAUGGUGAUCAACCGGGUGAAGGGGCGGAGCAAAGGUCAAGAGGCGGAAGCAGGCCAAGGUCAGUCGGCGUCAUGCGAGGAGGAGGAGGAGGAGGAGCCCAGCGCUGAGAGCAAAGGCUUGAUUUGCUGCGAACGCUGCGGCUACAACACCAACCGCCUGGACCACUACGUGGCACACCUGAAACACCACACCAAGGAGGGCGACGACCACAGGGUGUUCAAGUGCACCUUGUGUGCAUACAGCACCAUCAGUCAGUACCACUGGAGGAAACACCUGAGGAACCAUUUCCCCAGCAAGCUGCACACCUGCACUCAGUGUUCCUACUACUCAGACCGCAAGAGCAACUACAUCCAGCACAUCCGCACACACACAGGUGUGCGUCCUUUCCAGUGCCCGUUCUGCCAGUACUCCAGCUCCCAGAAGACACACCUGACCAGACACAUGAGGACUCACUCAGGUGAGCGACCCUUCAAGUGCGAGAGCUGCGACUACCUGGCGGCCAAUCAGCACGAGGUGACCCGCCACGCCCGCCAGGUCCACAACGGUCCUAAGCCCCUGGUGUGUCCCUACUGUGACUACAAGACCGCUGACCGCAGCAACUUCAAGAAGCACGUGGAGCUCCACCUCAACCCUCGCCAGUUCCUGUGCCCGCUCUGCAAGUACGCCGCCUCCAAGAAGUGCAACCUGCAGUACCACAUCAAGUCUCGCCAUGCGGGUUGCCAGGUCACGCUGGACGUCUCCAAGGUCAAGCUGCGCCUGAAGAAACACCAGUCCUCCACCAAGAUGGACGAGGAGGAGGAGGAGGAGGAGGAGCUGGACCAGGAGCACAAAUCCUCAGACCCCAUCAAGAAACACCAGUCCUCCACCACCAAGAUGGACCACGCCGAGGACUUUGAGGAGCAAAAAUCCUCAGACCCCAUCAAUCUGUCCUUGGACCAAGGGCAAGAACCCAAGGAAGUUCCCAGGAAAAGUAAGGUGGCCAAGACCGACAAGUGGGAGGGCAGACCAAAGAAGACCAAGGAGAACCACCAGGACGUGAGCGCCACCAAGACCAAGAGAAGAGUCAAGAAGGCAGCAGCUGAUGGACCACCUGACCCGCCUCAAGAUGGCCACUGUGUGCAGACAAAAGUGGGAGGAGCUGAGAAGCCUAGAAGAGCCAAACCAGAAGAACCCGCUCAGACUCUGGUCCACCAGGAGCGUCUUCAGAAGAGAGAAAAGGACAGGAAGAGAAAAGCGCCGGACCUUUCUUCAGAGUCCUCCAGCGUGCCCGCCCCCAAAGCCCGGCGGGUCAGACCUGGCAGCAAGUCCACUUCCAAAGACCAGGUGAGCCUUGAGUCCGCUAAGAGGACCAGGAGGUCCACCAGGAAGUCCCCGCUAAAGGUGCAAGAAGAUGCACAGGAACGCCCCGUCGACGCCACAUGUCAGGUGAGCACCACGCCACACCCCAGUGAAGACCUCCCCCCUGUGGCUCCGCCCACUCCACCCAUCCACCUUUCCUCGCCGCCACCGGACAAAACGGUCGAACCCGAAGACGACGAAGGUGUCCACAGCAGCCACGAAGGAGCCAGCGACAUCAGCGACAGCGCCUCGGAAGGCAGCGUGGACUCUGGCCUCAACAGCAACGCCGCCAACAACGACCCCGAGACCCCCACCCAGGAGAUCCCCUCCCCCACCCAGCUGAAAAGUCACAUGUGCAUCUUCUGUGACCGCCACUUCCCCCUGGAGGCCGAGUACCGCCGCCACCUCAACCGCCACCUGGUCAACGUCUACUACAUGGACGACCAGUAGGAUGAUGUCAUCAUGUAGAACUACAUGGCCCACCAGUAGGAUGAUGUCAUCAUGUAGACUACAUGGACGAACAGUAGGGUGAUGUCAUCAUGUCGACUACAUGGACGACCAGUAGGAUGAUGUCAUCAUGUCGACUACAUGGACGACCAGUAGGAUGAUGUCAUCAUGUCUACUACAUGGACGACCAGUAGGAUGAUGUCAUCAUGUCUGCUACGCGGAUGACCAGUCGGAUGAUGUCAUCACGUCUACGACAUUGACGACCAGUCGGAUGAUGUCAUCACGUCUGCUACAUGGACGACCAGCAGGAUGAUGUCAUCAUGUAGACUAUGUGGACACCCAGUAGGAUGAUGUCAUCAUGUCUACUACAUCGACGCCUAGUAGGAUGAUGUCAUCAUGUCUACUACAUCGACGCCUAGUAGGAUGAUGUCAUCAUGUUUACGAUAUGGACACCAAGUCGGAUGUCAUCACAUGGACGCCUAGUAUGAUGAUGUCAUCACAUGGACUACAUGGACGCCUAGUAUGAUGAUGUCAUCACAUGGACUACAUGGACGCCUAGUAUGAUGAUGUCAUCACAUGGACCGAUGCUACGGUCAAAGGUCAACAGCAUGGAUUUUCUCUGACAAUCAGACCUUUUUUUCCCUUCUACUUUCUGAGCGCUUGUCAGACUUUGUGCAAUAAAUCAUUUUUCAUAUCAACAAUGUUGUUAGUUGUGUGGACACAAGUUGUGUUGAUGUGGUCAUUGUUAGUUUGUGUGCACACAAGUUGUGUUGAUUCAACUCACAACCUCCAUCCAUCCAUCCAUUUUCUACCGCUUAUUCCCUUUGGGGGCGCUGGGGCCUAUCUCAGCUACAAUCGGGCGGAAGGCGGGGUACACCCUGGACAAGUCGCCACCUCAUCGCAGGGCCAACACAGAUAGACAGACAACAUUCACACACUAGGGACCAUUUAGUG